CACUAAGCCACUGGGUUUCAUUUCGUCUCCAUAAACUCUGUUCUCACCAGAGCCUGGCGUAUAAUUCUCAUGUGUACUAAUCAUAAGCACCCGUCGUCCGACUCUUCAUGAAAACCGUUUAAACACGAUUCAAUUCAGAACCGCCAAUUACAUCUUCUGCUCACACCAGCUCAUCUUGUCUGGCAGUUUUCUCUUCUAGAUCGUCUACGCGCAACACCGGGAUUCGCUUCUGACUGGGGAUAUUUACCGGAAGUCACCGUUCUCCACACUGCCAGUUGCCCCAUAGAAAUUAGACAGGGUUAUCUCCCCUUCUCGCCUCUCGAAGACAGUGACCGACAAGUGGCUAGCGGCAAUUUACAGCUACAGACACAGCAGGCGAAUGGUCAACUGGUCGGAUCCCAGUGUCAUCUCAAAAUGCAGCAGUAUUGUAGAGCACACUAAUUUUUUAUGUCUUGGUAUGUACAUGUGGGAGUACGCAGGAUCAUGGCAAGUUGAACUUGCUUUGAUUUGCAAACGCAUACCACCUAGAUGGCCUCUACUACCAUACAUCACCGGUCGUAUUCUUCUUCUGUCAUCCAUGACUUUGAUUUGCUGGCUCAGCAGCCCGACCCCUUCUAGUGUGGAUUGCCACAGCGCUUUUUUGGCCUUUUCUUUUGCAGGAAAUGCAUCCAUUGGUUGUUCUUCCUUGAACUUAAUGUUACGACCAUUCGUAAUUUGGAGAGCAUUCAGAUGUAUCCGUAUAUUUCUGGUCUUAGCCACGGUUGGCCACUGGAUCAUCCUGUUACGGGUAAUGGUUGCCUUCUCCGUCAUGAAAGUGAAUGGCAGUUGUGGCUUCAUGGUCAUUGACCAUACUGAUAUGACCACUAUAUUUGUCUACACGAUGGCUUAUGAUAUACUGGCGCUUGUCUUGACUAUCAUCGGCCUUCGAAAUAUGCCAUCGUCUAAUGCAUUGUGGAAACUAUUAUGCAAACAGGGGAUAACAUAUGUCCUGAUCACCUGCGUAGCAAAUAUCAUACCAGCCGCUGUAGCUUCGUUGAAUCUGAAUACUGCCAUGAACGUUAUAUUUGCGAUGCCGGCAUCUGCUAUCAGCACUGUCGCAUCGGGUCGAAUAGUUGUUGCCUUCCUAGACCUAAAGUCAAGCUCCUGCGCAGAAGACAUAAGUAGUCGAGAUGCACCACUUACCACCGUGGUGACACUGCCCACUGGAUCCUCUAUGAAUGCCCCAAACCUCGUAUGAUGUUUGGGACGGGAUCGAUCCAUCAGUUCCUGAUGGCAAACUUUGGGAAGCGGUUCAUUGACAACAGCAUAGUACGGCCGCCUUCACCUAGCCGGCCACGGGUUUGGGGAUAGAAAAGCAGGCAUCAGUAGUAGUAUGGACUUUGCCUCUUUCUCAUGCGCUAGACUCCCAUUCCCUUUCUUCCUUAGCGACAUUGUCAAGAUAGCGAACUCGCGAAUGAAUUUUUUACUUGUUUGGA